GAGAAAAAGACAUGGCAGGAGAGCAAUGCGAGUUUGAGCAAACCUUUUCUUUUAGUCCUCUUCCCUCCAAGAAACCCUCAUUCUUACAGGACAAAGACACUUUAACUCUGUUAAUGAAAUGGUCCAUGCUGGGGAGGAUUUCAGCUGAGUCUUACAGCUUUGACCAGAGGUUUUACCCUCACAGCAGUGACAGGUUUGCACUGUGUUUCUUCAGAGAUCCUGAUGUGGUAUCCAGUUUGUCCAGACAGAUGACGGCUGAAGCCUGGAUGCCUCUCGACAAACCAGUGGUGUCUGUUGACGUGGAGCCGGUGCCAUGCACUCAAGUCUCCAUGGAGCUGUUUGACCCGAUCUACUCUUGUGGCGUCCUGAGGCCCUCUGGACAUGUAGUUAAAUGCUUUCAUGAUGUUUACCCCGACUAUGAUGAACUCAGACAGAUGUUGCAGGAAGAGGACUCUGAGCACUACUAUGUGGUUGGAAGAGAGGAGCGGGGAGAGUUUCUGUUUCGUCUAUUCAAGCACCUGUGUUUAGGAGGAGAGCUCUGUCAGUAUGAAGACACCAUUGAUCCUUACAUCAGCACCACAAAGCAAAUCUACAAAGACCUGAUCAGUGCUCAAAAAGAUCCAGAGACAAAGAAGAUCAGUGUUGUCUCCACAGUCUUCAAAGUCUGCGCCUAUGAUGAGUCUGGACAGUGUUAUCCUGGAAGACGAGACGAGGAGCAGACGUUUGCCUAUUUGAUUGUCGACCCCUUCAAACGACACGUGACUUUGUUCUACCACUGCUACGGCGUAGGAAACUUCACACUGUGACAACGAUGAACCGGGAAUGAUUCUGUAGAACUUGUGGACAUGUACUGUAAACACAUGAGCUUAAAAUCACUCAAACGAGGAACACACCAGAAAGCAGCUGCAAUGUACACAUAGGAGAAGUAAUAAUUAUCUUGUUCUGUUAAAGUAUGUCAAUAAAAUGUUUUUAAAU